AUGGCUACAAUAACUCUCACAACUACUGACGGAGGCGUGGAGCCACUCCAGACGAAAGAUAUCGCUACUCGCUUAUUGAACGGCACACUUCAUUCCAAGUGGCCUCCGUUUGAACAGUUCGCAACCAUCGAUGGCCUAUUGAAGUCCCAUGCUGCUCAGCCAGAUGAGGCCCAACACCCUCUGAUAUGCUAUCCACUUCGCGAAGCAGCUGAUUUCGAGAAGCAUACAGCCGGGGAUAUCGAUCGGUAUACUGAUGUCGCUGUUCGCUUUUAUAUGCAGCAGGGACUUGUACCCGCGGACCCAAAUCUCGAGCAAGCGCCUGUCGUUGCUAUGCUAGCUGGAUCUAGCUUCGAGGUCGUGGUGACUUUCUUUGCGCUAAAUCGUCUUGGCUAUGCUGUGCUUUUUUUGUCUACACGUCUCACAGCACCGGCUUAUACUCGGCUUAUGGAGAUGGCAAAUUGCAGCCAAAUUAUCAUCACGAAACAGUUUCAGCAAGUUGUCACUGAAAUUUGUACCGAGAAUCCUCGUUGUAGAAGCUUCUCUCUACUACAAAGGGAGGACUGGUUUAACCGUCCUGUUAGCUCUCCUCGCUUUGAACGCCCCGGUGCAGAUCCAUCAAGAGAAGGAAAGAAGAUUGCCUGGAUCCUACAUUCCUCCGGCAGUACCGGUUUCCCCAAGCCGAUUUUCCUUACCAACCUUCAAACCCUAGCGAAUUUCCGCAAGAGCUUCGGUCUGCGCCUCUUUACUAUCAGUCCACUCUUUCAUUCCCACGCUCUGAUGGAGCUUGGACGAGCAUUGUUUACAAGAGCACCGGCAUACCUGGGAAACCAUUCACUUCCAGUCACGUACCAAAAUCUUUUCGAUGCUCUUCAAGUGGCCAAGCCACAGCAAAUCAGCGCCGUGCCAUACGUGAUUAAGCUACUAGCAGAGAAGCAAGAAGGUAUUCAAGCACUGGCCCGCCCGCAGCUCGUGCUAUAUGGCGGUUCCAGCUGUCCAGACGAUCUUGGCGACCGUCUUGUGGCACAGGGCGUGAAUCUGGUGGCCAACUACGGAGCGACGGAAACAGGACAGAUCAUGACCUCUUUCCGACCUCCAGAAGAUAAGGAGUGGCAAUAUAUGCGACUGCAUCGACCUGUUGCUGACCUCACUCUGAUGGAUGAGAUCUCGCCUGGUGUCUUUGAAUGUGUUGCAUUGGAUGGCCUGCCAAGCAAGGGCCCUUCGAAUUCCAAGCCACCGUAUAGCGCAAAGAACCCAGAGAACUCUUUCAGAACAGCCGAUUUGUUCACCAGACACCCGGAUCCGGAGAAGAGCAAUUACUAUAAGUACUUAAGUCGACUGGAUGAUAGAAUCACGCUGGUCAACGGUGAAAAGGUGCUUCCUAUUCCAAUCGAAGGUCGUGUUAGAGAAGAGCCUAUCGUGAGUGACUGCGUCGUGUUCGGCUUCCAGCGGACUGUACCUGGGGCUUUGAUUUUCCGCGCUCCUGGCAAGGUGUCUCACUUGAGUGAUGAUCAAUUUUUGGAAGCUAUCUGGCCAGCUGUUGAAGCGGCAAAUACUCGUGCCGAGACAUUCUCCCGUAUCCCCAAGGAACUCGUCGUGAUCAAGGGCGCCGAUGUUGUUUACGCCAGAACUGAUAAGGGAACCUGUAUCCGCGCUCAGGUUUACCAGCAGUUUGAGGAGGAUAUCAAGCAGGUAUAUGCCAAGUUUGAAGGCAAUGGCCAGAAAAGAGGUUCCCUCGCGCUCAGUAUCCCAGAACUGGAGAAUUGGCUCCUUUCGAGGUUCAGCGAAGACUUGGGCGUACAAAUACCCAAUGCUGAGGCCGACAUAUUCUCUGCUGGUGUCGACAGCUUGCAGACAACGCAAAUAUGGAGGUACAUCAUGCGCGACAUUGAUAUCGGCGAGCUAGGAGACCAGCUUUCUCAGAAUAUAGUGUUCGAGAAAGGCAAUAUCGCUGCACUGGCCAAGCACCUCUACCAGUUGCGAACUGGUCAAGAAGCCGAGAAGGAAGAUGAACUUCAUUCUAUGCGUGAAAUGAUCGAAAAGUACUCCCACUUCACUCAGCACUUCCCAACUAUCACCAGAAGCCCAGAAACAGAGGUGGUAAUGGUCACUGGCGCAACUGGAAACCUGGGAGCCUUCAUCGUGUCAGAAUUACUGAAGCGACCAACAGUCUCCGAAGUCUGGGCAAUCGUGCGCGCGCCAGGACAAGCAGCGGCAGGAUCCCGUCUCUACAAAUCACUAGCCGAUCGCAACAUAACUCUCACCGAUACCGAAGCCGCAAAGCUCCAUGCCGUCCCUGGCGACAUGUCACAAUCCAACCUCGGUCUCAAAGACCACGACCUAGAACACUUACUCUCAUCCCUUACAUGUGUCAUCCACAGUGCCUGGGCCGUGAACUUCAACCUUGGCGUACGGUCCUUCGAGCAGCAACAUAUCCGCGGAACAUACAAUCUCAUCAACCUCUGUCUGCGCUCUCGUCUACCCUCCCCUGCACGGUUCUUCUUCUGUUCCAGUGUAAGCGCGGCAAGCAACACACCCAAGCCUGCAUCAAUUCCCGAAACCGUGAUUGAGAAUUUGAAUCACGCACAGGGAACAGGAUAUGGCAGGUCGAAGUUGGUAACCGAACACAUCACGCGCAACGCCAUGCGUCAGACCGGUAUGCAAUCCCGAGUUCUGAGAAUCGGUCAGCUCGGCGGUGAUACUGUUAGUGCGCAAUGGAAUGAGACUGAAGCUGUUGCGCUCAUGUUCCGGAGUGCGUUGACGACGGGUGCAUUGCCUGAACUUAAUGAGCGGCUAAGUUGGUUGCCUGUUGAUCAGUGUGGUCGAGCUGUUUCAAAUAUUGCUAUGAGUCCUGGAUCAUCCGAUGCUGAUAUGGUGUACCACUUGGUUAAUCCGAAGUCUUUUAGAUGGAGGGAUUUGCUUCCUGCGUUGAGGGGAUCGGCCUUGUCGGAGUUUGAGGUUGUGUCUCCGCAGGAGUGGCUUAGGAGAUUAGCGGGGAGUGAGCAGGAUCCGGAGAAGAAUCCGAGUGUUAAACUCAUUGAUUUCUGGAGGUCUAAGUAUGCAGGUCAGGGCCAGUCGGAGACGAGACGGGAUGGAAAUGAGGUUGGUCUUACAUUUGAAACUGAGCAGACGAUUCGAGACUGCCCCUCCUUGGCACUCGUGGAAGACCCCCUUGCUGCUGGUUUGAUUCAGAGGUAUAUUCAGUCGUGGAUGGGGUUAUGGACUAAAUGA